AUGGAAAACACAUCAGCACAAAAUGUAUUGGGAAACACUCAGGAAAGUAUAUCAGAAAACGUCAGCAGUGCUAGAACAGAUAUUAAGGAGAGUAAUGCGUUGUUAAAUGCUGCUUACAAUGGUGAUGUUGGCGUCAUCAAGUAUCUGAUCAGUCAAGGAGCUGAGGUAAAUAAGGGUAGAGAUGAUGGUUGGACUGCAUUACACAGUGCUGCUUACAAUGGUCAUGUUGACGUCAUCAAGUAUCUGAUCAGUCAAGGAGCUGAGGUUAAUAAGGGAGAUAAUAAUGGUUGGUCUGCAUUACACAUUGCUGCUUACAAUGGUCAUGUUGACGUCAUCAAGUAUCUGAUCAGUCAAGGAGCUGAGGUAAAUAAGGGUAGAGAUGAUGGUUGGACUGCAUUACACAGUGCUGCUCAGAAAGGGCAUAUUGACGUCAUCAAGUAUCUGAUCAGUCAAGGAGCUGAGGUAAAUAAGGGUAGAGAUGAUGGUUGGACUGCAUUACACAGUGCUGCUUACAAUGGUUAUGUUGACGUCAUCAAAUAUCUGAUCAGUCAUGGUGCUGAGGUUAAUAAGGGAAGAGAUGAUGGUUUGACUGCAUUAGACAGUGCUGCUUACAAUGGUCAUGUUGACGUCAUCAAGUAUCUGAUCAGUCAAGGAGCUGAGGUUAAUAAGGGAAGAGAUGGUGGUUGGACUGCAUUACACAGUGCUGCUUACAAUGGUCACGUUGACGUCAUCAAGUAUCUGAUCAGUCAUGGUGCUGAGGUUAAUAAGGGAAGAGAUGAUGGUUUGACUGCAUUAGACAGUGCUGCUUACAAUGGUCAUGUUGACGUCAUCAAGUAUCUGAUCAGUCAUGGUGCUGAGGUUAAUAAGGGAAGAGAUGAUGGUUGGACUGCAUUACACAGUGCUGCUGACAAUAGUCAUGUUGACGUCAUCAAGUAUCUGAUCAGUCAAGGAGCUGAGGUUAAUAAGGGAGAUAAUGAUGGUUGGACUGCAUUACACAGAGCUGCUUACAAUGGUCAUGUUGACGUCAUCAAGUAUCUGAUCAGUAAAGGAGCUGAGGUCAAUAAAGGGGAUGAUAAUGGCUCGACUGCAUUACACAUUGCUGCUAAGAAAGGUCAUGUUGACGUCAUCAAGUAUCUGAUCAGUCAAGGAGCUGAGGUAAAUAAGGGUAGAGAUGAUGGUUGGACUUCAUUACACAGUGCUGCUUACAAUGGUCAUGUUGACGUCAUCAAGUAUCUGAUCAGUCAAGGAGCUGAGCAAAGGAGCUGA